GACCAAAAUUUUCCAACACUUUGAAAAUUCCCCAGUCCAACUUCGACACCUCCGAUUCUCUCUCUCUCUCUCUAAAUCCGCGUUCAUUUGGAGUCCUACCAGUUAUUCUUCUUCCUUCCUCUUCUCCAUUUGGUUUUGCUUAUGUUCUAAGCUUUUUGGAACUUGAAUUACGUGUGAAGUUUGGAGCCGAACGGUGAUCGCGCUUUCAGAUUUUGUUCUGUUGUUGUUGUUGUUGUCGUCGCGGUAGGAGAGAGUUGAAUAUUCAACUUUGGAGAUGGCGACGAUGGAGAGUUUGAUUGGACUGGUGAACAGGAUACAGAGAGCAUGCACCGCCCUCGGAGAUUACGGUGGUGACGAGCAGGCUUUUUCCUCUCUCUGGGACGCUCUACCCUCCGUUGCCGUCGUUGGUGGCCAGAGUUCGGGGAAGUCGUCGGUGUUAGAGAGCAUUGUAGGACGAGAUUUUCUUCCUCGAGGCUCUGGCAUUGUUACAAGGCGGCCAUUGGUGUUGCAAUUGCAGCAAACAGAGGAAGGGGAGCAGGAAUAUGCAGAAUUUGGACAUUUGCCUCAGAGGCGAUUCACUGAUUUCUCCUUGGUUCGCAAGGAAAUUCAGGAUGAAACUGAUAGAGUAACUGGGAAAACAAAACAGAUUUCUCCUGUUCCUAUUCACCUAAGCAUCUAUUCACCCAAUGUUGUCAACUUAACACUGAUUGAUCUUCCUGGUUUGACAAAAGUUGCUGUUGAGGGGCAACCAGAAAGUAUAGUCCAAGACAUUGAAAAUAUGGUUCAGUCAUAUGUUGAGAAGCCCAACUGCAUCAUACUGGCAAUAUCUCCAGCGAACCAAGAUAUUGCAACUUCAGAUGCCAUUAAGCUUGCAAGGGAAGUGGAUCCAUCAGGAGAACGCACCUUUGGGGUGCUGACAAAACUGGAUCUGAUGGACAAAGGAACUAAUGCGCUUGAUGUUCUGGAAGGAAGGUCUUAUCGCUUGCAACGUCCCUGGGUGGGUAUCGUCAAUCGUUCACAAGCAGAUAUAAAUAAAAAUGUGGAUAUGAUGGCUGCUAGACAAAAAGAGCGUGAGUAUUUUGCUACAAGUCCUGACUAUAGUCACUUGGCGAGUAAAAUGGGCUCUGAGUAUCUUGCGAAGCUUCUCUCCAGGCACUUGGAAUCUGUAAUUAGGGCGAGAAUUCCAAGUAUUACUUCAUUGAUUAACAAAAGCAUUGAUGAGCUCGAAUCUGAGCUGGGCCACCUUGGGAGGCCUAUUGCUGUUGAUGCUGGGGCUCAAUUGUACACCAUAUUGGAACUUUGCCGUGCUUUUGACCGGAUAUUCAAGGAGCAUCUAGAUGGAGGCCGACCAGGAGGUGAUCGCAUUUAUGGAGUUUUUGACAAUCAGCUGCCAGCUGCUUUGAGAAAACUCCCAUUUGAUCGACAUCUUUCGCUUCAAAAUGUCAGAAAAAUUGUUUCAGAAGCUGAUGGUUAUCAACCACACUUGAUUGCUCCAGAGCAAGGCUACCGACGGCUUAUAGAGGGCUCUCUGAGUUAUUUUAGAGGGCCUGCUGAAGCAUCUGUGGAUGCUGUUCAUUUUGUACUGAAGGAACUCGUGAGGAAGUCAAUUGCAGAGUGUCAGGAAUUGAAACGGUUUCCAACUCUGCAAUCAGCUAUAGCAGGAGCAGCAAAUGAAGCUUUGGAAAAGUUUCGUGAGGAAAGCAAGAAAACAGCGCUUAGAUUGGUUGACAUGGAAGCUGCGUAUCUGACUGUUGAAUUCUUCCGGAGACUCCCCCAGGAAGUUGAGAAAACAGGAAACCCAGGGGGUAACCCUCGGGAAAACACAGCAGCAGGAAACCCAGGGGGUAACCCCAGGGAAAACACAGCAGCUGCUGCGACUGUUGAUCGUUACUCAGAGGCACACUACAGGAGGAUAGGUUCAAAUGUAUCGUCCUACAUAAAUAUGGUCACUGAAACUCUGAAGAACACGAUUCCCAAGGCAGUAGUUUACUGUCAAGUCAAGGAAGCCAAACAGAAUUUGCUUAAUUACUUUUACACCCAAAUCGGGAAGAAAGAGGGUAAGCAACUAGCUGACUUAUUGGAUGAAGAUCCGGCAUUGAUGGAGAGGAGACAGCAAUAUGCAAAAAGACUUGAACUAUACAAGAAAGCAAGGGACGAGAUUGACUCUGUAUCAUGGGCUCGAUGAGGUAUGCAUGGUAGAAAUAUUUUGUAUGUUAAUAUAGUUUACAGAAGCAACAUAGCAGAAUAUUGAUUGAUAACAGAAUGCAGCGACUUACGUUUUGUAUUCUAUCCACAUUCAUUCUUGCAUUAUUUGGCUCGAUAUUAGGUUUUUGAUUCCUGAUAUCCAUUGUACCUGCUGUAAAUCUGAGACUUGCAUUGGCGUAUAGAACGAAUUUGUGGCC